CCCGAUCGAUACCGCGACACCAAUGCCAUUGUCGCGGGUGCUUGGAAUGGUCUUCGGCAUGAAAGCUUCAUCGCCUCGUCAUGGAUGUUGGAAUGUGUUGGCUCUAUGCACAACUUUGUAGAAGCACUUUCCGCCGUCGUUGGUCAAGCCGUUGCUGGCAGACGAUUGCCGAAGUGCGAAAUUGUCAGCGUAAUGCCUGCAGACCGCUGUCGGAUAAAGCGAGUUCCAACGUGUGACGGAAAAAGACGCGUCAAUUGAGUGUUCCUGAAGUCGUAUUCGAGGGGACGAGGGGGACUAAACUAAU